UGACUACAUUUGCUCGUGCAGUACACAGCAGCAGCAACAGCGUGGUGCUCUGGCUCUCCAGCUCUGCCCGGCAGACGCAUCUGCAGCUCGCUGAACAUCUGCGAGCCAAAGUUUUUCAUGUUCUCCCGUGGGUGAAUGCUGCCCAGCUGCACCAGGAAAAUGGGCACAGGGGAUUAUCUCUGCAUCGCUAUGAGCGGAGGGGCGCCGUGGGGCUUCAGGCUGCAAGGGGGCAAGGAGCAGAAGCAGCCCUUGCAAAUCGCCAAGGUUCGCAGCAAAAGCAAAGCAGCCAAGGCUGGACUGUGUGAGGGGGAUGAGGUGGUGUCUAUCAAUGGCAAGCCUUGUGGAGACCUAACCUAUGCUGAAGUCAUUGUUCUGAUGGAAAGCCUGACUGACGUCCUGCAGAUGCUUAUCAAGAGAUCCUCCAGUGGAAUAAAUGAAACCUUGAACGCUGAAAGAGAAAAUGGGAAGCACGAGAACAUAAAAAUUGAGGAUUAUGGGGAGAACACCACACUGCAACUGAACACAGCGCAAGAGAUACCCCAUGGAGAUUUAUGCAUCACAGAGAUUUACAGUGGGACUCACCACGGAGCAGCAGAAAGCAACACACACUUUGCUGAAACAAAACAAGAGACCACACAAAGCCACAGGGUUCCUCCCAAAGUGAUAGGCACCCCCAAAGUGAUCGUGACAGACGAGGCUGGUGUCAGGGAGACGACAGAAGAAGGGCCAGGUGCUGUGGUUGAGCUGCAGGUGUCCCUCUCAAAUGACGCCCACAAGGCCACCAGUGCUCCUGCUGUGACUCUGUUGGGGGCAGAAAAGCUCCCCCCUUCAGGCAGAGGACCCAGCGCCCAGCAGGGCGGGAGCAGCCCCCUCAUCGCAGUUCCCCUGGCUGUGAAGGAGGGCAACAUCCAGUGGUCAAACAAAGUAGUCCACUUUUCUAGCAGCAAGGAGGUCACGAGGAUCCAAGGUGCAGCUCCAUCUAUCCCCAGGGUGGAGGUGAUCCUAGACUGCUCGGACAGGGAGAAGGAAGCGCCCAGGUCUCCGUCUGAAAGGGGGUGUGUUGAUUCUCAAGUAGAAGGAGGGCAGUCAGAAGCACCUCCUUCCCUCCUCUCCUUUGCAAUCUCAGCAGAAGCCACAGUGCAGGGAGAAGACAGCAAGCACUCGGAAAAGGAACACAGACCUCUCAAGCACAGGGCAAGGCACGCAAGGCUCCGACGAAGCGAGAGCCUGUCAGAGAAGCAGGUGAAAGAAGCCAAAUCUAAAUGUAAAAGCAUUGCACUGCUGCUGACGGCAGCUCCCAACCCCAAUUCCAAGGGGGUGUUGAUGUUCAAGAAGCGCCGCCAAAGGGCGAGAAAAUACACUUUAGUCAGCUACGGGACUGGGGAGUUAGAACGUGACGAGGACGAGGAGGAAGAGGGUGAAGGUGAAGAGGGGGACAAGGAAAACACUUUUGAGGUGAGUUUGCUUGCAACGAGUGAGUCGGAAAUAGAUGAAGAUUUUUUCUCUGACAUUGACAAGGACGGCAAGAUCGUGACGUUCGACUGGGACAGUGGUCUGCUCGAGGUGGAAAAGAAGACAAAGAGUGGAGAGGAGAUGCAGACGCUUGCAGACAGCACAGGGAAAGGGGCCCUCAUGUUCGCCAAGAGGCGGCAGAGGAUGGAUCAGAUUACGGCAGAGCAAGAGGAGAUGAAGGCAAGCACAGUGCAGACAGAGGAGCACAGGGAAACCACCAUGACAGAGAACUUCCAGAAAGUGAGCUCUUCUGCCUAUCAAUCAAAAGAGGAGGAAAUGUCAAGACAGCAGAGCUGUGUGAGCAAAAGUUACACAGACGUGAGCCAGAAUCACAGCAAAGUGGUACAACAAAAUGGCUUUGGCUUAGCACCUGGCACAAACCUCUCUUUUCAGUCCUCUGGAACUCAAAAGGCAGCAUCUUUGAAUAAAACAGCAAAACCCUUCCCUUCUGGAGUUCAAAACCGAGCAGCUGCACCAUUUUCACCUGUAAGAAAUGUCACCAGUCCCCUUUCAGAUGCAGCAGCACCACCUCCUUACUGCUCUGUCAGCCCACCAGCUGAGGCUUUCUACAGACCUGUCUCAGCUCCUGUGGCCAGCAAGGCUGCCCCGCCCGCGUGGGCACCCACCGAGCCCACGGAACACAUCGCGUCCAGGGAUGAAAGGAUUGCCGUGCCAGCCAAAAGGACUGGGAUACUGCAGGAGGCAAAGAGAAGAAGCACUUCCAAACCUAUGUUCAAUUUCAAAGAUGCACCCAAAGUAAGUCCUAAUCCUGCCCUGUUGUCCCUUGUGCACAAUGCAGAGGGCAAAAAAGGAACUGGAGCUGGUUUUGAGUCAGGACCCGAAGAAGACUACCUCAGUUUGGGAGCAGAGGCUUGCAAUUUCAUGCAGACUCAAGCAUCUAAACAAAAGGCUCCUCCUCCUGUUGCUCCAAAGCCUUCACUCAAGGUGUCUCCUUCUCCCAGUACUCCAGUUUCACCGGUUUGGUCACCUUCAGCUGCAGCUUCCAACAAGCGUCCUUCUUUCCCAGCACCAGCCUCACCUCAGGCAGCGUAUCCUGCACCACCCAAAUCUCCACAGUAUCCUCAUUCUCCUGUCCAUCCCCCAAGCACUCUCGACCUUGCUGGUCCUUUCAAAGGGCCUCAGGCCAGCCUGGCGAGUCCAAACGUCCCCCCCAAGGCAACACCAGUCACCCCAAGUGCUGGAGAAACAAAGCCUCCCUUUGAGAUGCCACCAGCUAUGAGUGGGAAAGGAGCACAGCUGUUUGCCAGGAGGCAUUCCCGAAUGGAGAAGUAUGUGGUGGAUUCAGAGACUGUGCAGGCAAACAUGGCACGAGCUGCAUCUCCAACUCCGUCUUUACCAGCUUCUUGGAAAUAUUCAUCUAAUGUCCGAGCACCUCCACCCGUCGCUUACAACCCCAUCCACUGCCCAUCUUACCCUCCUGCUGCUACCAAGCCUUCCUCUAAGGCCCCUGCUGCUACCAAAAACACAAAAAGAAAACCUAAGAAAGGUCUCAAUGCCUUGGAUAUCAUGAAACAUCAACCUUAUCAACUCGAUCCGUCUUUAUUUACUUUCCAACCUCCUAAGGAAAGCCUUGCCAUGAAGCAGACAUCGAAGCUGUCCCCUUCAAAGCAAACACUGCCUUUACCUACCUACCUUCCACCUGGUGCUGGCUCUCCUACCAGGGCCCGGCCCUCUUCGGUGUACUCCGUGCCAGCCUACAGCUCCCAGCCUUCGUUCCCGUCCAACGCCUCUCUCCCAGGGAAUGAAUCCUAUUCACCCACAGGCUACUCUGCGUUCUCUAAGCCGGAAAGCACUACGUCCUCUUUGUUUACUGCUCCGAGGCCAAAAUUUUCUGCCAAGAAAGCUGGCGUCACUGCACAGGAUCCUUUUCCAGAUUUGCUAGCUUUAAAAUUCCAAACCCUUUGGUUCUAAAAAGGUUCCCUCUUCCAGUCUUGCCUUUUUACAUGAUGCAGCUUUCUGUACCUGAAGUCAAACACCCGGGAUUCCACUGAUUGCUUUGGUGGUUUGGCACAGCAAGUGCAAAUCUUAAUUACACAGCUUGGCAUAACGGUAUUUUAUAAUGGCUCUGCUCAGCUUGGAAUGGGAACACUAUACAAAGAAGAAACUUGACAAGAUCUUCAAAACCCUGUGGAUUCAGAAGCUCUGAAUGAACUCACUGCUGGUAGAUCUCUUGGGAAAAUAUGUAAGCCUGGUAAUUUCAUGGCAGCCUUGGUGCCCCCAUCACAACUUCACAGUACCCAUGACAACCACUGGUCUUAUUUUACAAUAGACAUUACUUUUGCAUGCCAUUACAUAAAGGAGAAGUUGGGAUCACUCAAGAGUUAUGUUUGACAAGUGGUUUUCAGGCUGGUUGCUUACUAAAGGAAGCCCUUCAGGUUUUCAUCAAAUGAUUUAAAAAGUAGAAAAAAUCCUGAAGCUCUAUGUUGAAAUGAUCUCUACAGAUGCAGACAUGAACUCUUCCUUUAUGAGCUAAGACAAACCAUAUGACAGUAAUCCCAUGGGUUUAAUAUUUGCUUCCUUAAGUAAGGCAGGCAAAGACUUUUUCUUUGUGUGCUAAUCAAGUCUCCAGUUAUCCUCUACAGCAUUUAAAGGAAAAAUCUAUUCCUCAUUGUAAUGAUCUUCACAAACUUUUUAAUUGCAAUGCAUGUGAAACCUGCACAAACAUCUGUGUUAAUAUAAUAACUGCACACUCCCUUAGGCUGAGAAAACUCAGCUAUGAGAGAAAUAACUUCCUGAAUUUACAGAUUAACUGUCUGGAUGAAGGCUUCCUUUGUGAUGAAUUAAUGUAAACCCAGCAUUUUCAAACAAUAAUCCUCAUUCUUUUGUACAUUUUAAAAACAGAAAUCUUAAACCAAAGACUCCCCUCAUAACUCCAGGCAAUUCAAAGAUAAGAUGCUAUGAAAACAAGCAGGUAAUUUCUAAAUAGAUGUCAAGACUGAACUGUUGAACAGAUGGGGUGUUUCUCUUGAUGUUUCCAUCUAGAUCUGAAACAGCAGAUUGUAAUGGUCUUAAGAAACAUACAACAAAAAGAAGAAAAGGAGGAACAUUACAGAAGUAAAAUACAAUUACAAAGGGUGACAUGGAGCACAACAUUCAGUUUCAGUGAGCCUUAACUGAUUGAGAAGCAAAGAAUUCAGCACAUUUAUAUUAUAAGCAAAAGUUUUCAUACAGUAAAAACCUAUGGACAAAUAUUUUCAGUUUUUUAAAAGAAAAUUCUUUUUUCCCCAAAACCCAUAAAUAACUGCUAGUGAUUUUUGGCUUUGAUUUGUGAGAAUGUUACUCCUCAGAGCCUCACUGUGCAGGUUGCUGUUGGUACAUGGCUCUAUGCUGCAAACAAAAGCAAAAUAUCUGGAAUCUGGGUACACUUGGUUUUCUUCCUAGAGUACUGAAGUGGUAGUGAUGCAAGCACCUGACACUCUGUAUAUAGAAUUAUGAGAAAAACAAUAUUAAACGCUGCUGUUUGCAUUGCAAAGCAAGGCACCUGGAAUUCUUGUUGCCUGUCUCAGCUUAAUCCAAUCUCCUUGGUUUGUGUGGCCAGAACAUCUGCAAUCAUGUCACAUCUGGUUCUUUUUGCUGUAGGACUCCAUCCAAGGAUUCCCAUCUGACAAACAGCUCUUUGCUGCUUUGUUUUGACAACAUUCUGUGCUCAGCACCAUUCCUUACUCAAUGCACACUCUUCAAAAGGUGCCCUUCAUACUGAAUUAUUUUCUUACAGAUUUCUGCUGUUAGCACCCAAAUCAUUCAGAAGCCAGGGUUCAUCUUUACACUGUUGCAUUCUACAAAUGAGUAAAUAAUGCAGGGGUUGAGCAGCACUGACACCAGGGCACUCUGUAGCCUUGGGUGUCCAGUUCAAGGCAUUUCAAGGCAUCUCCAGAGCUCAGCAGCACAUGCAGCAGUUACUCUGUCAGUGUGAUCCUUAACAUCCCUCUGUGAGUGUUAACAGCUGGCAGACUCCAGGUGGAAUUCCAGAAAUGGAACCCUCAGUGACCAGCUAGGAAUUCCAACCCACAAAACCACCUUUUUUUACAAUAUACUCCUGUGUUAGAGAACCCUAAUAUUUCCUAAAUGAAUCCCUGAAAUGGCACUGGUGGUGCAGAAAUCCUGAAAUUUAAUCCAAAUGCAUCAGCACUGGGCAAUGGUGCUUUCAUUUCAGAGCUUUGGAACAGCUGACCUGCCAACUUAACUAGCCUUGCUUCGAGGUAGCUUUUUAAGAGCCAAAAUAAACCCUGGAAUACUAUCAUGGAGCACACUGUAACAGGGGGUUGAACCACCAGAUACUUGUAGGAAUGAAUGAAUGAAACCCUCCUACCUCACAGGAUUUGGGGCUGGAACAGCUGUGCUCCUGUUGAGCCUGCAUUGUUCACACCCAGGACAUUUACACUGAAAUAUGGGACAUUUGAGACACAAAGAUUUCUGUCAAACCACUUCUAAAGCAGGUACAGGUACCACAUCUCAAGGUAGAAAGGUCAGAAAAUAGGACCAAGUUUGCACUGGUAGCUGUGCAAUAUAAAAUCCAGAAGGUGGCAGCAAAUAUUCUUCCUUACAAGAAAUAAAAGGUUCGUGGCAAGGAAAUCUAAGGUACCUACGACAAAAAGUUUCAGAUAUUUGCUUUCUGUAGGCAUAAGUGUACUGUAGUUAGAGAACUGCAUAAAGAUAAAGAUUAAAUGAAAAUGAAAAGCUGAUUUUCUUUCAUUUGCACAGGUACAAAGUGAGCUAAGUAAAUAAUUUAUGACAAGUCAGCAAUAGUCUUUUGGUUUUUUAACCAGGCAUUUUGCAGUAGUGAAGACCUAAUUCUAAUAAUUUACUUUCCUCUUCUAUCAUUACUUGACAACUAAAAAGGACUUUAUUUUCAAAAGGAACAUUUUUCACAAAUUUUAUGUGAGUUGCACAAAACUUAUGUGAAGUGGCUGGCAGUAAUGCUUCCUUAGUUUGUUUCCAUACAAAUUAUGAAAACAAAAUUGCUCUCACCUGAAAUAACACCACAUCUAGAAACAAUCCGAAUUUAGAAUAAAUUAUAUUCCAGUCCUCAAAUUCACUAUGCAUUUUCAGAAUCAAGCCCUGAUAAGACAGCUUUUAGGAAAUCAGGAUCAGGCCUGAACUUUUAAUCUAUUCCUGGUCUCAAUACAGCCACUGAUGAGGUUUUAAUUGUUAGGUGGGCUUCCCUCCCUCCCCAGCCAUUAGCCAAAUUUCUUCAUUCACAUUUUAGUCUACUGUAAACUAUUUCAAGAGUUUCAAAUAAAAAUUAUUUUCCCACUUUGUUUCAAAACUUUUGGAAGUUGAACUGUAAAAUAGCUGUAGCAUUUACUGCAGAGCUGGCAGAUUUGUGAGAGAAAUUAUUUUUUCAUUACAUAAAUGGUAAUGAAAUAUUAUUUAUUUAAAUAAUAAAUGGUUUGGGACAAAAAAAAAGUUGUAAUAAUAUUAACAAUAUGUUUCCCUUCCAUACUAAAUUCAGUUAAAAAAGCUGAAAUGCUUCUUUUAUGUUAAAAAAUGGAAAAAAGUAAAGAACUGAAAGGCAUUCAGUAUUAUUUAUUUUGUCCUACCAUUUUCUCAGUGGUUUGGUCUCUAACUGGAGUGGCCAUUAAAAGCCCAUAGAAAGACAAAGGAGAAAUGCAUCGCUCAGAGCUUUUUAUAAAGACAGAAUCACUUUUUGAGAUAAACCAACUGUUUUAUCUGCUUCCUCCUCCUUUGUCCCCUUUCUGUGUAAACAGCAUCCAGACACUAUUGUUAACUCAGAUUUUAAUGUGCUUUGAUACUGGAUUAAGGACCAGGACCAUAAUGAAAAGAUAAAAAUAAAACUGCUUUAUUGAUUUAGACAUGAAGGUCCAACUUUUUCAAGUGACUUCAUUAGGGAGGGGUUUAUGUGGAGAGAGUUUCACUGGACUAUUCAGAGUCCGACCCCCUUUUGUCUCCUUGACUGGUAAAAAGGCAGUUGUGGCGUGUAAACACACACACACACAAACACACACAAACACACACAGACACACAGACACACACACACAGACACACAGACGCAGUUUUCUCUUACUGAGAUGUGCUGCCUGAGACAGAAAAACAGCUGCUGGGAAAUCAUUUCACUAAGUAGUAUUAUGCAUCCUUAUUUAGUCUGGAAAACAAAAAAGACCUUUCAGACUCCUGCCUUUAAAAUUUGCACUAUUUUAUGCACCUAAGUAUUGUUCUUUUUUGUCUCGCAGCUUUUCAUAAUUAACAAGAAAAUUGAAAUAGCUUAAGUUGCAAAUAACCCAUUUUCCUGACUAUUGGUAAAGAUAUUAUUGAAUAAAAGUUAGGCAGCCACACUCAUCAAACUCACAUUAAGUAGAUCUGUACAUGCAUACAUAAGUACUGCUUUUACAUUCAUUUGCUUUUAUAUGGAAAUAGUUUCAUUUCAAAGUAGUAUUAUAUAAAUAUUAGUUUAUGUUAACGCACAUCUUAUAAAUGUCAGAGAUUCUUGCAGUGUCAUAAAUGUUUGCUUCACUGAACAGUUUAUAACUUGUUUCCAUUUUCAAAAUCAGUGUUAAUCUGAAACUAACCUAAACAAUUUAAUCUGUUUGCACAGACCCCCAAGGCACUCAGCAGCUGUCAGGAUUCUUUGAUGGCAAAGGACAGCUCUAAAUGGCCCUUCCUCUUCUUUACAUUUAGGAAUCACUUUCCCUUCAAUAACUAUUGUAGAAAAGGUUUUUCCCUCUGAAAACAUCCAGGAACUGGAAAAGAAUAAAUUAAUCAGUGUAGAGGGUUCUAGUUUGUCUUGCUACAUAAUACUUCAAUAUACCAAUAACUGUUUUACCACAAGAUUAUAGGAAUAGAAAAGGUGAUAAAGUAAUAAUUCUGAUAGCAUUUCAUUUUCUCUCCUUCCUUGAUUUCUGAUGUGGAGAAUGGAAAAUCUCUACCCCUCUUUUUAUGAUUUUUUUAUAGCUUAAGGGAGAAAGAGAGUAAUUAUUCUGUAGUUACACUUCAUGUUUUCCGUUGUGUCUGGGGUUUGUGCAUUGUUUCUAGUACAUGCUUGUCAACAGAUGUAUCUCCAAGAUUUAAAUAUAAAGGGGAAAUAUUAGAAAGUAUUAGCAUGUCUGGCUGCUGCUGUCCAGCAGAUGGAUGAUGAAUUCUAGUGAUUGGAAGUUGCCUUAAUUCCAGAGUUUGUUGGCUUGAAGGGGCUGAACACCAAAGUAGUGAACACAUUACUUUGUUAGUUAGUUAGUGGGGAUCUUCUUCCUCAAAUUCCCUCAGGCCCUUAUGGAAGUGACAAGGUUCUUCCCAUGUACUUCAGCCUUCUUCCAGGUAAAACCUCUGGAAUGAUGUUUACCCUCACAGGUUUUGUCAGCUCACAAUCCAAGAAGAUAAAUAUUAGCUAAACCCACACACUGCUCAGUCCUUACUUCAUGGAAGCAGAGAUUAUCCUUACUUUACCAAAGCUAGGGGAAACAGAUGUUCAUUUUCACAUUUUGGAAUUUCAAAGGUAAACCCCAGCCUAUUUAUAAAGAUAAUAAUAAAAAUCUUUAGAACUUUUUUCUAAAGACAAGCUAUCAAGUAGGAAAUGGAAGCCCAGACCAGGACUUCUACAUAAAUAAUACAAUAGAAUGAUUCAUUUUGAUUAAAAAGUCGUAAAACACACUUAAUAACUCACCAUUCUCUGAUUAAACUCUGUUAAAGAAAAUUAGUUCCUGCUUUAUAACUUAUGGUUACACCAAAAAGAUACUUCCAUAACUUGGUAAACUCGAGUUUUUCUCUAACAGGACAAACUAAACAGUGUCUUCAUCUAAAGGUCUUGAAAAGCCAGAUAUUUUAUCCAACGCUUGUUUAAACAGUAUCAUUUCCUUCUCACCUCUGAAACCCUACAAAGUACACACAGGGCUUUGAACUGGAAUUUCCAUUGAAGAAGAGGAACUUUUCUGUUCUAGAACCCUAUUGAGAGCAGCUAACACAAGCAGACUAACAAGGUGGGCCUGUUUGAUCAACAUCCCUCUCUAUGACCUUAUCUUCCUUAUAUUCUUAGUUACCACCUAAUUUCUUGUGGUCUGGGUUAUCUAAUUAAUUUCUAACAUUAGGGGGUGGGGGAGUGGGAUUAAUAAUGUUGGGCAGUUUUCUGUCUGGAAAUGCAAACUGGAAAUGGCUGAUCAUAGCUAAGAGGUGACAGGACAGUCCCGUCAUAAAACAUCGGUAGUCAAACUUGUCAAAACUCUCAUGACUUAACCUCUGAGUGUCACUACACUUUUUAAAACAGAUUCAGGCUAAGUAUGACCCAACUGACUGAACAUUAUGAAAUCUGAAGUCUCUUCCUCAGUUUCCAUCUCUCAUACAGAAGGCUGAUAUUACAACCUAACUUAAAACCUGAAGUUUCAAAUGU